CCCCCCCCCGGUCCAUUUGACAGAUGAGGCGGCGGUGCAGAGAGGGGAGGGAGCUCAUCCCAGCGUGGAGGGGGCAUCCUUGGCAGGGCAGUUGUAGUGCCCAGGGGAGAGACUGGGGCUGGAUAUCAAGAGAGACAUAGGCGUUGUCUGCACAGAGACAUUGAAGCCAAGGAAGCUGGUGAGCUCACCAGGUGGGGGCAUGGAGCUUCCAGAGACAUUGCGUUUUAGGGUGCCUGUGGUAGAUGUGCAGGUGGACAACUUCAAGGACAUGUGGCCUUCCAUCCUACUGGCAAUCAAGACAGCCAGCUUUGUAGCUGUGGAUACGGAGCUGAGCGGUCUUGGGGAGAGGAGGAAUUUGCUGAAUCAUUGCAUCGAAGAGCGAUAUAAAGCCAUAUCCCGCGCAGCCCGAUCACGUUCUGUCCUUUCCCUGGGCCUGGCUUGCUUUAAGAAGCAGAGGAACAAGGGAGAGCACAAUUACCUCGUGCAAGUGUUUAACCUCACUCUGCUGUGCAUGCAAGAGUACGUCAUUGAGCCGCAGUCGGUGCAGUUCCUGGUGCGGCACGGCUUUGACUUCAACCGCCAGUACACGCAGGGCAUUCCUUACCACAAAGGCGAUGACAAGGGCGACGAAAGCCGCAGCCAAGGGGUCCGGAUGCUGUUCCUGGAGCUGAUCCGCGCCCGCCGGCCGCUGGUGCUACACAACGGACUGAUUGACCUGGCCUUCCUCUAUCAGAGCUUUUACGCUCACCUGCCAGACAAGCUGGUCACUUUCACCGCUGACCUCUUUGAGAUGUUCCCAGCUGGGAUCUAUGAUACCAAGUAUGCUUCAGAGUUCCACGCCCGCUUUGUGGCCUCCUACUUGGAGUACGCCUACAGGAAGUGUGAACGGGAGAAUGGGAAGCAGCGAGCCGCCGGAGCCCCCCACUUGGUCUUGGAGUUCUGCAGCUAUCCAUCCAGCAUGGACGCCCACAUUGACUACCGCUGCUGCCCCGUAUCCGAGUCCCACACCCAACUGAGCCCCAACCUCUCCACCUCUAACAUCUGUGAUACUUUCUCUGCCUAUGGCUGGUGUCCCCUGGGGCUACAGUGCCCUCAGUCCCAUGAUGUUGACCUCAUCAUCAGCACAGAUGAGGCCAUGGAGGACAAAAGGAAGCGGCGAGGAGGCCGGCGGAGGAAGCGGUGGAAGGGACUGCCAGGCCAGCCUGGGCCUGUGCCUGGGGAGGGGCCAACCCCCCAAAAACAGACCUGCAGGAAAGGCCAUGGGGCUGAAGUAGAAGAUGGAGCCAACCCUUUAGAGAGCGAGACUGAGGAUGUGUCUUUGUCUGGCCCGGAGCCAUGCUCCAGUGAGGACUUGGAACCAGAACCAGAGCCAGAGCUGGAGCUGGCCCUAGAGCCUGGGGAAAGAGCCGGGCAGAGCUCUGGGUCUCGAGGGGCCAGUGUGGGAGGGGGGUUACAUCGUGCUGGCUUUGAUGCAUUCAUGACAGGUUAUGUCAUGGCCUAUAUGGGGGUGAGUGGGGAUUCGCAGGCCUGCAAUGAGCCUUGGUUGCCAGAGUGCCACAAUAAGGUGUAUCUGAGUGGCAAGUCUGUGCCCCUGCCCAUAGCCAAGAGCCACUUCUCCAGGACCUCCAAAGCCCACAGUGAGAAGAUGAAGCUGGCCUGGGGCAGCAGCUAAGCCAGUCUCCUUCCUGCCCAGCCCCCAGGCCUUCAAGGAGGAGGCUGGGCCCCUGGGCUUCCUCUUCUCUAACUGGCCCUUGCACCCUCCCCACAUACACGUGGAAGAGGGUUGUGGUUAGGGCCUGGGUCGGGACAGUUAAAGACUGAGGUGACAGAGGUUUGUGGCCCAUUCUGGCCAACUUGAGAGAGGAGAGCAGGACUCCUGCGGACAGCACCCCCUUCCCAGGGGCCCAAGAAAGCCAAGUCUGACCAGCUACCUGCAACUCUUUUUAAUUUUUAAAUCUGAAAGCAACUUGGUAAAGUUUUACAAAAAAAGAAAAGAAAAAAAAUUAUGAAACAAUUUAACCGGCUUCAUCUUUGGUUCUGCUCGUGGCUCCGCCAGAACAGCCCUUCCCUCCCGGCCUACCCGUCCCCCCAAAACAAACUCAUUUGCUUGACACGUCCCUAAACAUACACAUUAGAAACGUGGUUUGCAAAGCCGGUUUGGGCAGUGUUAACACAUGGGGCUAGGGGCCCAGGAAGUGCCCAGAGCCCAUGCUGCUGGUCACAAGGUGAGCUAUUUACAGAUGGCCAAGUUUUAAGACUCCUUCAUAAAUAUGAAAAUAGACAUGUCAUCUGGACAGUUCUAAAUGUUCUAAAUUCAUGAAACCCAAGGUUAGGCAGCCCUGCCAGGUCCUGCCUGCCCUUCCCCCCAACCCCCCUUGCAUAGAAUCCACCCUAGGGACAGCAGGACUGGAGCAGUAAGUGCAAAAGAGAUUUGAAAUUCAAGUGUCAUAUACUGGCAAGAAGUGUCCACGUCCUUGGGUGGGAGACUCGGCCCUCUCCCCUGCUGCUAGUUUGUCCAUAUGUGCAUCAAA